GUUGAUCUACCUAUUUUCGAAUUCUUAGUCUUGAUGGAAGGUGAUCUUAUAAAAAUAACAUAUGAAUUUGAUGAUGUUUAUAAAAAUACUUAUGUUAAAUUCAGUGGAAUUGAUGAUAUUUACUAUCGAACGACAAAACAUCUGAACAUUCCAAAAGAUUAUCUAUCGGUUAAGUUAGUUAAGUUAGUUACUAAAGAUAAAUAUGAACAGUUAUUAGUAUAUUGUCAG